AUGGUUUGUUGGAUGUCACUUGAGCUUAGCAUUUAUGUUGUCUCCCAUUUUUUAGCAAGAAUCGGUAAUAAAGCCAGCUGUCCCAAGCCCACUGGCAAUAUUUUAAAUACAAAUACGCUACUUGAUUUGAAAUAUCUGCUACAAGAUAUUAACUGCAUUCAUUCGGCAGAAGUAGAUGCUCAGUAUUUCAAUACUGAAGAUUAUGAAUUAUUAAAACGAUGGUCAUUAUAUUUAUGUCUUCCUGAAAGUGUCAGUCAAUCUAGUGAAUUAGAUGAAACAUUCACUACAUUGGUAGAUACAGCAAUUGAUGAACAUACAUUAGUCGAACAACUAAUCCAAAAUCAUUCAUUAAAAGUCUAUAUUAUUGAUAGUUUAAAAAGAUAUCAUAGUUUAAUGGACAUUAUUCACAAUUUAUCAUUAUGCACUAAAUUACAUCUCACGAGUUUUGGCUCACAGAUUCAGACAAGAAUUCAAACUUUUCUCGAUAUAAUAGAUACAAUAACAAAAUCAAUUUUACUAAUAACAACUACAGAAUCAAUGAACUAUGAAAGUCAACGUUACUUUGGUAAUUUUAUAAAGAAAAAUGAUUUACCUGUACCAUUUGCAUAUUAUAUAUGGAAUAAAGAGAAAAAUAUUGUCGAAUAUAAAAUCAAUUUCAAUUUACUUGCUGAAACAAUGUGUUUAACAACGACUCGUUAUGUUUUACAAGUUGGUAGCGAAUCAACUAUAGGAAUGGGUAAAACAAGCAUGCUACAAUUUAUCUUUCCUGAUAAACGGAUUGAAGGAUUGAAUACAGAUGGAAAUUCAAGUCUUCGAAAUGGUUGUAUCGAUGUAAUUUUUCCAUCAGAUUCAGCAAAUCAAAACAAUGGAUCUUAUGUUAUCUUUGAUGUUCACGGAACAAUUAAUGCUUUGAAUGAAGAUAUUAUUACAUCUAUUCAAGAAUAUUGUGCACUACAAAUUUUGUAUGUGACAGAAAAAGAUCUUAAAAGUACAUUUUUAAGUUCUAUGAUGAAUUAUUCACAAUAUACUCAAGCAAAACCUACACUCGUUAUCAUUUUUGAUCUAAACUAU